CUGUACAUCCUCUUCACUUUUCCCUAGGUUUGCAUCUUCACAGUACGCCAAAAUGUAUUCGUUACACAUCCUUGCGUUGCUGGCUGCUUCCAGCCAGCUCUCCUAUGCUGCCUGCCCGAUGAUGACUGGGGAAGAACUACCAGCUCACCAUCCUCCGGUUCGACGACAAGCUUCCGGCCAAGAAGCUGAGUCCACUGACAGCUUCAUGGCCAAAUACGAAAUCAACGAUGAGGAUACGUACUUGACCAGUGACGUUGGUGGUCCCAUGUCCGACCAGGAAACCCUCAGCGCAGGUGAAAGAGGACCUACUUUGCUGGAAGACUUUGUCUUUAGACAAAAAAUAACACACUUCGACCAUGAACGUGUACCAGAAAGAGCGGUUCACGCCCGAGGAGCUGGAGCACACGGAGUCUUCACAUCUUAUGCAGACUGGUCCAACAUCACCGAUGCGUCGUUCUUGAAAUCUGCAGGCAAAGAGACACCAGUCUUUGUACGGUACAGCACCGUAGCCGGGUCGCGCGGAAGCGCCGAUACUGCUCGAGAUGUCCAUGGUUUUGCUACCAGAUUCUACACCGAUGAAGGCAAUUUCGACAUUGUUGGUAACAACAUUCCAGUCUUUUUCAUUCAAGAUGCCAUCAAGUUUCCCGAUUUGAUCCAUGCGGUGAAACCCAAGCCCGACCGCGAAAUUCCGCAAGCCGCGACUGCUCAUGACAGUGCCUGGGAUUUCUUCAGCCAACAGCCAAGCUCACUCCAUACGCUCUUCUGGGCCAUGAGUGGGCACGGAACUGUACGCUCAUACCGUCAUAUGGAUGGUUGGGGUGUUCAUACCUUCCGAUUUGUCACUGCUGAUGGCGGGAGUAAGCUUGUUAAGUUCCGUCUGAGGACUCUGCAAGGUAAAGCAUCGCUUCUGUGGGAGGAGGCUCAAGCGAUUGCCGGCAAAAAUCCAGACUUCCAUCGUCAGGAUCUCUUUGAUAGCAUUGAGGCUGGAGAAUUUCCAGAGUACGAGUUUGAAGUACAAAUCCUAGACGAGGAAGAUCAGCUGCGUUAUGGAUUCGACGUUUUGGAUCCUACGAAAAUUAUUCCCGAGGAUCUUGUUCCAUUCAAGCCUCUCGGAAAACUCACCUUGAACCGCAAUCCAAGGAACUAUUUCGCAGAGACGGAGCAAGUCAUGUACCAAGUUGGACAUGUUGUGCGCGGUAUCGACUUCACUGAAGAUCCUUUACUACAAGGCCGUUUGUUCUCCUACUUGGACACUCAGAUUAACCGUCACGGAGGGCCCAACUUUGAACAACUCCCAAUCAAUCAACCGCGUGUUCCAUGGCACAACAACAACCGUGAUGGACAAGGUCAAAUGUAUAUUCCUUUGAACACGGCCGCGUAUUCUCCCAACACGCUGAACGAAGGCUCUCCUCGUCAAGCAAACCAAACCGCGGGUCGUGGCUUCUUCACAGCACCCAACCGCUCCAGUGGUGGCAAAAUCGUGCGCGCUGUAUCCUCGACGUUUGCCGACGUCUGGUCCCAGCCAAGACUGUUCUUCAACUCCUUGCUUCCGGUUGAACAGCAAUUCAUCGUCAACGCUAUGCGCUUCGAGACUGCUCAACUCACUAGCGAUGUCGUCAAGAACAACGUACUCAUUCAAUUGAACCGAGUUAGCCAUGAUGUUGCUACUCGCGUCGCCAGCGCUCUGGGAAUGACUGCUCCUGAGGCUGAUCCGACAUACUAUCACGACAACCAGACUGUCGGUGUUUCGGCCGCCAAAGACCCACUCCUCAAACUAGAUGGACUUAAAGUGGGAUACCUUACUAGCAAAUCGGUUUCAGGCAACUCUAGCAUCGCGUCCGUCAAAUCUACUCUUGCAGAUUCGAAAGUCAAGCUCGUCGUUGUCGCCGAAUCGCUGGGCAACGGGAUUGAUCAAACGUAUUCAACAACCGACGCAUCCCAGUUCGACGCUAUCAUCAUCGCGGAUGGUACCGGUCCUCUCUUCUCUACCAAGAACGAUCUGUCAAACAUGAACUCGACAACCGGACAAAACAACACCGCACCAAACUUUUCCACCCUGUAUCCUGCUGGCCGUCCUCUCCAGAUUGUUCAGGAUAGUUACAGGUGGGGAAAGCCAAUUGCUGCUGUAGGAUUGGGCACGCAAGCAUUCGAGGCCGCUGGUAUUGUCGCUGGUACGCCAGGUGUAUACAGCGAGAGUGAAGUCAACACCCUUUCUGAUGAUCUGACUGAAGGAUUGAAGCAGUUCAAGUUUCUUGAUCGAUACCCGCUAGACGGCUAG